UACGAGUCCAGUAAUUUUUGAUGUUUGUAGUUUGAAAGUUUGAAUGUCUCAAUAUUCAGGGUCAUCAGUGUGCCGCUAAGUGAUGCUUGUUCUUUUGUCUUGUUAAUGGAGUGUAUGCUUUUGCUGUGUCCUGCAGCUAAUCAGUCAGAUUGUCGGCCCUGUAGCCCACUCUCCAAGGAACACCAGAAAAACUGGAACAAAUAUAUUGACUUAUUGCUGUCGAAUUGGGAAGACAAGCUUCACCUUCCUACCUAUUAUCGCGAAUUGAAAACACACCCAUUUUGUUGUACCCCAGGUCCAGGCUAUUCAUGUCGUCUAAAUCUUAUUCACGAACCUCGCAAAGAACCUCGGCAGUUCUAUGAUCUCACGUGUGCGAAAGAUGACUUCUUUACUCCCAUUAAGUGUCAGCAAGACAAUGACAUUAGAUGUUGUUCUGAAAAGCAUUGUAAUGUUCCUUCUUCGGAGGAACUCAUGCUGCUUGUCAAGGACAAUCCUUCGAACUUAUAUCUUGUCGCUAUAUCUUUGUUAACCAUACUAUGCAUCAUCCUUUGUAUUGUAUCAGGGACUUUCUACUUCCUCUUGAGAAGAAAAUCAGCCCGGCAAAAACAGAUCACUUCUCAGAAUGGUAUUACAUCUGAUCAUCUAUGGACAUCAGAUAAUAUUGAUAACCAAUACUUAAAGGGACCUUUGCAAGUACCAGACGCUUUAACUGUAAAUAAUACUUGUCCUGAAAAUGCAAGAGUAUUUUCCAAUGAUCCUUCUGCUGUUUCUGCCGGAAUAACUAGUCGUGGCGCUAGUAGUUUGAGCCAUUUUGGAAGUAGCGCUUUGGGAGCCACUCCUGGAAAUAUUAAUUCAUGUUCGAAUUCCCCUACUGGGGCUAUGACCAUCACUAGUUCGGGAUCAAAUUCUGCCAUGCCUACAACAGGUACUAUUCCUGCAGAUUUGAUGGACCACACCUGCAGUGGAUCAGGUUCCGGAAAACCUUUACUGGUUCAGCGAACUGUCGCUAGGCAAGUUCAGUUGGAAGAACGUAUCGGUGAAGGUCGUUAUGGUGUUGUAUGGCGAGGUGUUUGGCAAGGUGAUCUAGUAGCAGCUAAAAUCUUUUCUAGUCGGGAUGAACGCUCCUGGUUCCGAGAGACAGACAUUUAUCAGACGGUGAUGUUACGUCAUGCAAAUAUUCUAGGUUUUAUUGCAGCUGAUAAUAAGGAUACAGGACUGUCUACCCAAUUAUGGCUUAUAACUGACUAUCAUCCAUUAGGAUCAUUAUAUGAAUUUCUACAACAACAUUGUCUGACACCGUUUGCUCUUUUACGGGCCGUUGCAUCAAUUACUAAUGGUUUGGCACAUUUACACAUGGAAAUUACUGGGACACAGGGUAAACCUGCUAUAGCUCAUCGUGAUCUGAAGUCUAGAAAUAUCUUAGUUAAAAUGGAUGGUGAAUGUUGUAUUGGAGAUUUGGGUUUUGCUCUUAAAUUGGACUCAUCUAUGAAUACUGCAUUAGAAAUUAAUUCAAACUCAGAUCGUGUUGGAACCAAACGUUAUAUGGCUCCUGAAGUGUUAGAUAAUACAAUACGUUUAACAAGUCCAGAAGCAUUUAAACAAGCUGAUAUGUACAGUUUAGGUUUGGUAUUUUGGGAGGUUACAAGACGAUGCUAUGUUCGUAAUUUAUUCGGACCAGAUGAAUAUCAACUACCUUAUCAAGAUCUUGUGUCUGCAGAUCCUUCAGUAGAAGAAAUGAAGUCUGUUGUUUGUGAACAAGGUCUACGACCAGGUCUACCAGCUAUAUGGUCGAAACAUGAAAUUAUCCGAGCACUACAAGAUAUAAUGAGUGAAUGUUGGUAUGCUAGUCCAUCUGCUAGACUAUCAGCUAUGCGUGUUAAAAAAUCACUAGCUGGUGUACGUAAACAAUUAGAUACUAAUCCAGCAUUGUCAGAUUUUUCACAUACUAAUUAUCUACCUCCAGAAGCUACUGAUAAGCUUCCUUUUGGCAUAAUUCGUUGUCCAUCUGUGCCACGUAAUACUAUGAAUAAUACUAAUACUAAUACUACUAAUAAUAAACAAAUAAAUUUAUUACCAAAUCUUACAAGUACCAAUUCUAUUGGUACUACAGUUGGCAAUAAAUUACUCAUCUCAGGCAAUCAUAACAAUACAACUUAUAAUGAUAGUAAUAAUCCUUUAUUAACCACUACCAUCACUAUCACACCUCCAACAAUGCUUGAUAGUAAUAUUCAUCAUAGAAAUUGUCAAUGUAAUGAUGAUAAUAAUAUUUUAUAUUCAUCAUUAUUAUAUAACAAUGGAAAUAUUUCCUCAUAUUGGUCAAAUUGUGAAUAUGAUAAAUUAUUAUUAUUCAAUACACAUAAUAAUAAUAAUAAUAAUGAUACCAAUCCUCCUCCUCCUCAUCAUCAUCCUAAUGAAAAAUCCAAUAAUAAUAAUAAUGAUAAUAAUUCAAAGCAUUUAUAGUCAUCAAUCGAUCUUCCUCCAUUAUAUUAAAGAAGAAAACAAAACCUGAUUAUUGUGAGUAGAUGGGGGAAAAAUAAAGGAUAAUUGCACACUUAUUAUUAUAAAUAGUCUUAUAUACUUUUUCAGCUUGUAUUUUACUAUACUGAACUCUAUCCUAUGCAUAUAUAAUAUGCAUUUUCUCAUUCUUUGUUGUUGUUGUUGUUGUCGUUGUUUUUUUUUCUGUCAAUGUGUAAAUGCUUGUAUUAUUACUAUCACUAUAUCGUGUAUUGUCAUUAUUACUGAGCUCUUGUGUAUUGUUUCAUAUUUGUUGCUGUUUGUUAUUAUUUAACACUUUGUAGAUUACUACUAAAGAUAUGUGUAUAUGAUCUUUUCAUUCGAUUUUGAUUUUACUUUCAGAAACAAAAAUCAGCUAUUUUGUUGUUAUAAUAAGUAUGUAUGUAUGUAUGUGUAAUUGUAAUUUGUGUGUACAGUUCCACAGAUUGUUUAUACUCACACGUGCAAUCUUUAUUUCUUUCUUUUAUCGCACCACGACUCAACAGUCUUCUCGUAUUAACUUUCACUUUAUCUAUAUAUUGAUAUUAUUAUCAUCAAUAAUCUAUUCCUAAGUUGAUCAGGUGUGUUUCUUUGUUUUAUGUAUUUUUCUUUAUCUCGGCACUCUUGGAAUGUCUUUCUUUGGGUUGCACACAUACACUAUCUCUUCAUUAAAAUCACCCUCAAUACACUAGUUUAUAUUUUAGUUUUAUCCUAUAUCUGUCCUACCAACUUGAAUUGCACAUAUAUAUAUAUAUAUAUAUAAAACUUUUCCCUUGGCUUCAUUUAGCUUAGUUUAUGUGUACUAUGUAAAUUUGUGUUUCAUUAAUGAAAUAUCAGAAACAUUCUAAAAGUCGUACAUUAGUUGAAUAAGAAUAGAUUCGCUAAUUAUGCUGAUGAAUUAGAUACGAUAAUGUUGAUAAUGAUAGUAAAAUCUAGUUGUUACUAUUACUAUUGUUAAUUACGUAUUUACACUGCAUUAUGCUUUUGUUUGUUAACAUUCUAUUUCGGUUUACCACAAACAAGAUGAAACAAUUCAGCAUAUAUAUAUAUAUAUCCAUAUUUGUUUUAAAAAAAAUUAACUGCCAUGUGAUUCUCUUAUAUAUAUAUGUAUGUACGUAAGCUGACAUUUUAUUUUCACCGGUUUUAUUCCUUCUCUCAUGUUUUGGAUUGUCAUCGACACUGUGUAUCCUGGUUUUAUUUUCUUUAACAAAUGCCGGUUAUUGUUACCCACUAUUAUUAUUAUUAUUAUUAUUAUUGUCAUCAUUGUUUCAUAUAUUGAUGCCUUUUCUUCACUUCUUUUAUUACUAUUUUAACUUGAUAACUUACCUAUGACGUAACACCAUGCUCCAGAAGUGAGUAGUUAUUUGAGAUUCCACUGUUGUUGUUGUUGUUUUUUUUUCUUUCUUUCUUUUAUUCUCUUUUUUCAAAUUACUGGUGGUAUUUUGGAAUUGUUUUCUUUCUUUUCUUUUUUUUUAAAUUUAUUUUAUUUAUCACAAAAUAAAUUUAUUUUUCUUAUGUAAAAUGUAAAUUUGUGUAUGUAUACACAAAAGAGAAAGUGCAUUAUGAUU